AUGCUACGCAACAAGUUAGUGCUCAACGAAGCAGCCUGGUGUCGCCUCUUCCCAAAGAUGCAGUUCGCUACCAUGGGCAACCGUAAUGCUCGCGUCGCGGCAGGGAAGCAUGAGCGUUUGGACGAGCGCUCCCGGGCUCCUGUGUGGUACUAUCGGGAGUCUCUGCGCACCUUGACAUCUAUCCAAUGGCGCCACCUUCCAUCGCCCGGGCACCUCGUAGAGGACCAUUGUCGCGAUUCCCCUUCUUUCGAGUGCUUGGUGGGGUUGGCCGUGAGGUUCAGCGGCAGCCCGUUCCUCAUGGCGGAGGGCAAGACGCCGUCGCCGCUCUUCAAGAGCUAUCCGCCCACCCGCACCCCCGUCGGUUGGACCUUGCCUAUCACCACUGCAUAG